UAAUAUUUGUCGGCGCAGGGCUCUGGACAUAACCCCAAAUUUACAAAAAUUUAAUAAGAAAAUACGGCAAAAGUUGAUAUAUUUCAUUAAAAUUUAUAAAACAAAAGAAAUAUGUCAGCUUACAAAUACACAGACUUGGUGAAGCUGGGAACCCAAUAUGCCAGGCGCAUGAAUUAUCUGUCAAAUCGUAUAUUCGGUGAAGUGGCUCGCACAACCAACGAUAAGUCCAUGAAGGUAAUUCGUAUGUUUAGUGAAGAGCCAGUGCAAAAACGUGACUAUGUAGUCAAUUGGUAUCCCCGUCAUGUAGAAACCCAUUUGCUAAUGAUGAAUCUACGACAAUAUGGUUUGUUCCGUGAUGAGCAUCAAGAUUUCAAAGAAGAAAUGAAACGUUUACGUAAAUUGAGAGGUAAAGCGCCACCCAAGAAGGGUGAAGGAAAACGUUCCAAGAAAUAAAGCAAAUCUUAUUUUAAACUUUAAAAUUCUAUAUUUAUUGUUUGUUAUUGCUUAACAAUAAUUUAGCCAGACCUUUGAAAACAA